AACAAACAUAAAUUAAACAUCACACAACAUUAUUAAUUUAACAUGUGCAAGCAUCCCUAUCCCUGGUAAUGUGUCUGAAGUCUUUUGCCUUUUCUUUGUAAAAAGAGCCUUAGAUAAAAAUGUUCAAUAAGAUCAACCUGUUGCCUGCCACAAAAACUAAAACUAAAACUAAAACUAAAACUAAAAAAAAAUUACAAGGAAAUAUCAAAAUGUGAUAUUACUGUGAAUGAUUGUAUAAUUUAUCAUUCACAACCUCACCGUCAUGAUUAUGUCUAGACUUGCAGUGUAGUUUCAGAGCCAUAUAAAGAGCAUCUUCUGUCCAGAUGUCAAGAUAACAGCUGCUGUGGUGUUGCUGGUGAAGAUUCAGGAUAUACAGGAAUAAUGAGUGCAUCCAAACCCCAGGAAAGCGGUGAGGUGCGAAUCGAACCCUCUCUGAAUAAGAAUGAAGCAGAGUUUAUAGACGGAAGGAGAAAAUCUGUUCUACAAAGCCUGAAGAAGCUUCAGAUAAAGUGCAGUCAGGAUGAGGUGCCAAACAUUGCCUUACUGGGUUCUGGAGGAGGACAACGAGCCAUGGUGGGAUUGCUGGGAUCCCUGGUUCAGCUCCAGAAAACAGGUCUUCUGGACUCCAUCCUUUAUCUGAGCGGAGUCUCUGGAUCCACCUGGUGUAUGGCCUCCGUAUAUCAGGAUCCAGACUGGUCCACCAAACUAGAGACUGUGAAAAACAAGAUCAUCAAGAGACUCAGCGGUCCUGAAGUCAGCUGGAAAGAAGCAUUUGCCAAACUGAAGAAAUAUUACUAUGGGAAAGACCACUUCAGUCUGACUGAUAUCUGGGCAGUGAUGGUCAUCACGUCAUAUGUGAAAGAGAUCGACGAACACACACUCACAGAGCAGUGGAGCCAGCACAGUAAAGACGGUAAAGUCCCGUUUCCCAUCUACACCGUGAUCGACAAGAAGUGCAAACAACGCAAUAUCGGAGACCCCUGGUUCGAGAUCACUCCUCAUGAAGCAGGUUAUUCUCUCACUGGAGCGUUUGUGGACGCCUCCAACUUUGGCAGCAAGUUUCACAAAGGCUCCAAGAAAAAUCAGCAGGAUGAAUUUGACAUGCUGUACCUGCAAGCUCUAUGCGGAAGCGCUUUAGCUGAUGAAGUGGAGAUUAAGAAACUUCUCUGGCAAAAGAUAAAAGAUUUCUUUCAACACAAGGAAACAAUACUUAAGGAAAUGGGAAAGGAACCGCAUGAGAGGAGACUGGAAGCAUUGGCAAGAGAGAGCGGAACAGGGUCGGAAGAAGUCUUUGCAGCGGGAUUCAAACCCGGGACGCGAGAAGUGCUACUGCACCCUCUAUCAGAGCGCAGACAACAAGAUCCAAACGCUCCAGCUACAGAAGAGUGUUACCAGGUGCUCAUGAACCUCGUGGACAUGAAUCUCUCUGUUUUGACUGGCAAAGAUCCUUCUGCUUUUGAUGAAUCCAUCAGGACAUCACUGAACGACCUCUCUGGAGGCAAAAUUCGUGUGGAAAGCCUGAGAAUUUCUGAUAAAAAAGCAGAAAAACUGAAUAUGAAGAGUUACACCAUGGAUGUAAUCAACAAUUUUAGAGGUCGGAUUGGUUGGCCAUUUGAGCUCUCUGGAGGCCAAAGUCAUGUGGAGUUUCCACGGUUAAGUGCUUGGACGAGCAUUAUUAAAUGCAUGAAUCACUGGACCUGGGGCAGGAAUUAUAACUUCCUCCACGACAUGACAGGUGAAGCAGUGCCCUCCACUCUUCAGGAAACUGAGACGAGAGACUAUGAAGAUGCCGGACUGUUGCUGAACUCACCCUACUUCUCAGUGCUGAGAAAAGAGAGAGACAUCGACCUCAUCAUUUCACUGGAUUUCAGUGAGGGUGAUCCUUUCAUGACAGUGAAGGAAGCUGCCAAGAUGUGCAAGGAACUAAACAUCCCUUUCCCUGAGGUCAACAUUCCCAGUGAGGACUUACAGAAACCGAAGGACUUCUAUGUGUUCAAAGGCAAAAACACUCCAACUGUGAUCCACAUCCCUCUCUUUAAUAUGGUCAACUGUGGAGAUAAAAUUGAGGCCAAGAGGAAAAGUUAUAAGACCUUUCAAGGUCCUUACAGCGCUGAGAUGAUCACUGAUCUCAUGGAGGUCGCUGGAAAAAACAUCACAAACAACAGAGGAAAACUGGUGGAGCAGAUCCGUGCGGCCGUUGGGCAAAAAGGAUCCAGGCGUUAAUGUUUAAAAUCUGAAUAUAGACUAAACUGAUUUGCAUAUCAGCAGUGUUGGGGGAAACGCAUUAUAAGUAACAUGAGUUAUGUAAUCAGAUUACUUUUUUUCAAGUAACUAGUAAAGUAAUGCAUUACUUUUAAAUGUGCAUUGUAAUAUCUGAGUUACUUUUUCAAAUAAGUAGCACAAGUUACUUUGUUAUUUAUUAUUUAUUAUUAUUAUUUAUUAUUAUUAUAUACGCCUCUCCUGUCGCCAUGUUGAGAGGAUGUGUGGAACGUAACACAUUACUUUCCUUAAAAAGUAACUAAGUAAUGCAAUAGUGACUUUUUAUGGCGGUAAUGCGUUCAUUUCCAAAGUAACUUUCCCCAACACUGCAUAUCAGUCAUUUUAAUUUAUUUUUAAUUUAUUUCAGUCAGUUUAAUUUAUUUUUCUGUCAGCAUUUUUUUUCUUCUGCAAAAUGCUUUUUUUCCUGCUAAUUCUGUUUAA